AUGAAACGGGCGCGGCGUCUGUUUUGUUGCUUCGACCUGUCGCAAAGCUUCCGUCAAUGUUUCUUCCACAACUGUCCACGUCAAGUCGCUGCCGUUCGCUAUACGCGUCCUUCAAUAGCGCCCAAGCCGACCAUCGACAUCAGACACAUCCGCAACGCGCCCGGUCUCUACGAGCAAAACUGCAUCGCCCGCAACUACAAGCAACAAUCAAAGAACUCAUGGCGCAUCCUUGAACUGCACGACAAACUGCAAUUGCAGCAGAGACAUUCCCGAAACCUCCGCGAACGCAACAAUGUCUUGCGACGCCAACUCGCAAACCCCGCGACCAGGCAGGAUCCCGCCUUGCUGGAACAAGCAAAGCAGUUGAAGGCUGAGCUUGCCGAAAUAGAUGCCCAAGACAAGCAGAUGAACGAUGAGAUUGAAGAGCUGGCUCUUGCCUUGCCCAACCUGAGCAGUCUGGACACUCCGGAAGGCGACGAACCAUCAGUCAGAGAGUACCUCAAUGACCAUCCGGAUCGCAACCCUACGCCGUCGGAUCGCGUCUGGCGCAACCAUGUUCACGUCGGCUCCGAACUCGACAUGUUGGACUUCACCGCUUCAGCCACAACCUCGGGCUGGGGUUGGUACUUUCUCAAGAACGAAGCCGCCCUCCUCGAACAAGCCCUUAUUCAGUACGCCCUCAGCAUCGCCAUGAAGCGCGGCUGGAAGGUCGUCUCUCCACCAUCAAUCGUCUACUCACACAUUGCCCACGCUUGCGGCUUCCAACCUCGCGACCAGAACGAUGAACAGCAAAUCUACGCCAUCACCCAACCAGAGAAAGACAAGAACAAGCCUGCCUUGUGUCUGGCAGGAACCGCAGAGAUCCCUUUUGCAGGCAUGAAGGCCAACACAGUCAUCGAGGAAGCAGAUCUGCCGCUCAAGAUCAUUGGCGCCUCUCGUUGUUACAGAGCCGAGGCUGGUGCUAGAGGUAUUGAUACAAAGGGUCUCUACCGCGUUCACGAAUUCACAAAGGUCGAGAUGUUCGCCUGGACAAUGCCUGAUAAUGUAGGCGACGACCACUUCUCCGAGCCCACGCAUUCAUCUUCGGAGGCUCUCUUCGAUGACAUGGUCGCCAUUCAGAAGGAGAUUCUGCAGAAUUUGGGUCUUCAUUGUCGCGUCUUGGAAAUGCCUACCACCGAACUCGGCGCCUCUGCCACUCGCAAAAUUGACAUUGAAGCCUUCUUUCCUUCACGCAGAGAGAAGGAUGAAGGUUGGGGCGAGGUCACAUCUGCAUCCAUCUGCACAGACUAUCAAACCAGACGUUUAGCCACCCGCGUCAAGACCGAGAAGUUUGGACGUAAGCAUGAGUGGCCGCACACUGUCAACGGCACUGCACUUGCUGUGCCCAGAGUCCUGGCUGCUAUCAUGGAGGCUGGAUGGGAGGAGAGUACUAAGAGCAUGAUUAUUCCUGAAGUGUUGAGACCGUUCAUGGGCGGUCUGGAAAGGAUCGAGAGAAGCAGCCGUAUCAGUAUCCAAUGA